AUCAUAGGUUUUUAUGAAGUUUUAGCUAGUCGUGUAAAUGGAUUAAUUGUGCAGUGAUCCAGCAUGAAUCGUGGUUAUACUGCUCUAUCAAAUUAGGUUCUUGAAUCCGGCCAUAACCGGUGAGGUAGUUGGCAACACCACAAUUGUGUACAUGGUACCAACUCUUAGUGUAGAGACUAUUUAUUUGUUUUCUUGAGUAUGAGGAUUGAGGAGAUCAUGAAGUCUACAAUCCCGCGUAUAAACAUUAAACAAAGACUGAAGAAAUAUGUUUUUAUAUAAUACAUCUAGUUACAAUAAAAUGUCAAUCCCUAAAAAAUUUGUAUAACCAAACUGACACGCAUAAUGUCAAAUAAUGUUCUAUUCUAUGAAUUAAAUAAAUUUGACCUUUAACAGGUUGAUACAACAUUCAAGUAGUGAAUUAAAAAAAAAACUCGAUAACGUUUUACUAGUUUGGCUAAUGAAGUUGUGCGACCCCUCCGUAUUAUUACCAGCUGUUGUCUUUGUUUGAACUUCGAAUAGUUAAUGUAAUGGAACAAUAUUAAAAAAAUCUAAACAAAAAUACUAGCACUUGCAGAUCGUUGAAGCACAUAUCACGUGUGACGAGUGUCUGUCGUGUCUAUUAAGUUAACAUAGAAUUAGCUUUUGGCCAGUUUUAUGAAAGUCCACGCUAUACAUACAUCACUAUAAAAUAAGAUGUUUACCGUAGACAGUAAACAAUUUCAUAUUCCCUUGAAAAAUAAAUAAUGUUCUGUAUAUAGACGUUUACAAGUAGAAGCAACCCUAGUUUCAGAAGCCAUGUAAGAUUAAUUAUGCCGACAGUUAAGGGCAUCUCCAUCCCUACUCCAUUUUUUUUUCUAAAAUGGAGUAAAAGUGAUUAUGGAGUAAAGAAUGCUCCAACCCAACCCCAUAUCUCACUCCAUAAUGAAGUUUACUCCAUAAAUGGAGUAAUCUAUUUUUUGUUUGUUUAUCACUCCAUUAUAAAGUGGGAAAUAAAGUAGGAUUGGAGCAAUUUUAUUUUAUUUUCACUUUUACUCCAUUUUGAAAGAAAAAAUGGUGUUUUACAUUGGAGAUGCUCUAACAAACUUGUAAAAAAACAAAGUCAAAUUAGCAUCCCAGGGUAAAGUCGAUCAGCUAAGUCAACCCAACCUAAUCAUAAAAUAAAACAUCUCACGCCAUCUAUUUUAUGUUUUUUUUUUUUGCUUAUGAAUUAAUUUUCAAAUACGAUGGUUGGAAAAUUAAUAAUCAUUAUAUUUCGAUAGCGUAAAAGAAACAGAUUAUUCUCUUGGAAAAUUUACAGUUGAUUUUAAUCAUGUUGUUGUUAUGUGUCGUGUGUAAUGGAGGGCAGGUCCAUAGCUGUUUCGUACUGUACUUCUGAGUAUUUUCAUAUUCAGUUUGUAAUUAAUAAAUGUUUCUUAUAUUAAUCUUUUUGACUAACCAACAAUAAUAAUAUUGUAUUUAAUUCUAUAUUCUAUAGUCAUAUCCACGACAUUUUGUGUAUAUAUUCAGGCGCAGAUAAUCCAAAAAUUUGCAUAUCUUAUCUUUAAACAAUACAAAGAAACCUCAAAUCCAAUCCAAACAAAAACCAAAUAUCUUCGUUUGUCUGAAUGGAGAGAAGUUCAAUGAAAGCUAAGCACGAUCUUGAUCAUCUUCCUCACCAAAGCUUUUAUGGAGAUUACUCAAAAACUUUGGUUCCCAAGAACAAGAACUCCCAAAUAAUUACCAAGAUCAAGCCUAAGAUCCGUAUCAUACAUAUAUUUGCGCCGGAGAUCAUCAACACCGACGUCAAGAACUUCCGUACACUUGUCCAAAGUCUGACCGGAAAAACGGAGAUAACCAAAACAAGUCCUAAGAAAAAGACAAAUAUUCCUGCGCCACAGCCUCCACCUCAAGAAUCCGGCCAAGAACAUACGGCGGAGCUGGUGAACAGUAUCAUAGGGAGCCACGUGGUGAAAGAAGAAUGGAGAUCAGGUUCGAACACAAACACUUACUUUGAUUUAGAUGGUUUGAUUGAUCUUGACGAAGACGACAACAUAUUCUCAAGUCGAUGGUUUGAUCUUCAAGUGCAAUAAACUAAAGUAAUCACACUUUGCCCUAAAUCUAGGGCUUCUACUAAACUUGCGAUGGUUCCUAUUGGUUCUGAUGAUUUAAUCAUACGUUCGACUUGGGAUGUAACAAGACAUGGUUAGAGACAUUGACCAUCAUGGUGCUCGAGUUGAGACGACGAUCAUCAUAUCGGUAGCGGGUAUACAUUAUUUGCAUAGAUAUAUACACAUGUUUGGAUUUUUUUGGGUGCUAUUUGAUACAACUUGGUAGGCUGAGACUUUGCCAAGAAAGAGUGUGUAUUGAAGAGUUCAACUUGGUGGACUGAUUUUGCCGUGAGAAGUAAGUUUGAGUUUAUGUAAAAACUCAGCUUAAAAUUGGUGUAACACGUUGUACUCACACAUGCGUGUAUUAACUCUUUUUGAUGUAUUUGUGAUUGACUUUUGCGUUGCACAAGUUUAUAUAUAUGAAAAGGCGAGAAUGAUUGCUGAUGAUGGAAUUGUUUUGUUUCAUCGUGAAAGAUAAAUAUAUGAUUAUUGGAAGCAAGUAAAAUAAAAGUAACAACAUGAUCUUUACCGGAUAACUAUAGUAUUCUCAGUUCUGGAUGUCUGAUAUAUUUGUUCCAAUCUCAAUCAAUAACAUUAUCAGUUUAUUUUGGGAUGACAUAAUGAGAACUGUCGUAAAAAGAUAUAAGAUGACAUGUAAUGUUUUUGUAAAUAAUCAUUAAAGCUACCUUCACUAUUUUUAAUAGUUGGGUUACAUCAUUCAAUGGUUACAUUCUUUAUAAAUUAUAAUGGCAAAGUUUACUAAUGGAGAAAUAAGAAUUUCAAACCGUCCAUUCGACCUAAGUAACGAAUGCUAUGCUGGCUUCAAAGUUUUGUUUCUUUCGUGAAAAAAAUAUACUUAUUUUAUUUGCUUGACAUUUUUACUUUCUUCAAUAAAACAAGUCAUUGAUACCAUAAGUAUAUACUUUUUUAAAAUUGUCAAUUACCCAUAAGUAUAUACUUAUGAUACCCUAUAAGUAUAUAUCAAACAGCUACUUUUAAUACUGUCUUUUAUUUUAGGCGUUAGAAUAGUUGCAAGUGCUUCGAAUCUUGCGAGUCACGGAACUGGAUGAGAUAUAAUCCCAUAACGAACCAACCUGAACGGAAUAUAACCUCAUUGGUUUGGCUCUUCAUUUAGUUUAUUGUUCCGGUUUAGUAGGAAGAAUCCGAGUUUUGGAUUGGUUAUGUUGUAGUACCUGAUGAACACUCAUCAAGGCUGCAAAUAAUUUCAUUAUCUCUCGAUUGAUCGCUAAACUGAACGUGAAUAAUAUUAUAUGAGUUGAUAAAUAUUUUUGAAUAAUAUACAGGUAUACCUCAGAUUAAAAUGUGUAUCAAAUUUUUAUGAAAAAAUACUCAAAAAUAUCAACUCUAUAUUUUACUCUGAUUUUUAUGUCGACAAAUAUUUUUCCCAUUUUUAGUCAAAAUAAAUAAAUAUAUUUUCCCAUUUGUUUCUCUUAAAAUCGGCAAAGACUUUAUUUUAAACCCUUUAUCAACUUGAAUGCAUGUUGAACGUGAGCAAAAUCCAUCUCUAACAAAUACAUUGUUAUUAUUAUUAUCCACAACUUUGGCAAUCAAGUCAACCCAAGUGGCUCAUACGUCAAGCGACUCAAGCCCCCAAUCCAUGCAUUGCGUUUAUUGGUCUUGAGUGAAGGAGUAAACUACGGGUACAAGGUCGCACACUAAACAUAAUAUGACUAGAGGAAGAGGAGUCGUUGAAUCGUACUCUUUAACUUUUGUGCAUCUGAGUGUGGAUUAUAUCAUACAGUGAUGGGUUUAAUUAAAAAAAUUGAAAUCAUGUCAUGAGACCCACCAAGCCCUGUCUGUAACUUUAUGACACAAUCGUUCGUGUGUCUCUACUAAAUGCGUAUAUUUAACUUAUGUACCUUAUAUGUAUUUCUUAUAUCAAAACUAUUCAUAUCUUAUAAAAAUCUUACUAGGUGGCCAAACCCGGUUCAAUCCAUAAACUGGAUCCGGUUCGGUCCACUGAAUGCCCAAGACAUAGCUUGAAGCCCAUCUCUAUUUGAAGUUGAUAAACCACAUGCCCAAACCACACAUUUUACCAACAAGGAUGAAAACGAACAUUCCAUUUCCACUAAACCAUGAGGGGUGUUCCAGUAAAUAUAUCUACCUUCCUCCUCUCCUCCUUGAACCAUCGACCGACCCGACCCGACCUGUUCCGUUAUAUAUACACAGAAUGGGUAAAGCAAAGGUGAAAAUCUUGUACGUAGGUUUUAUAUCAUUUCAUACGAAGAGGAGAGAAAUGGCUAAUAGGAAGACCUAAAAAAUAAUAAUUUUCAUUUCGUAUACAAAGGUUUCGAAAUCUGAAUUAAAAAAAAAAAAAGA